CAAGGCUAGAGCUGCAUAUGUACAAAUGGAUAUUGAUGAGGCCCUGGAUUAUGAUAAUGUUAAAGCUGCAAUUUUGUCAAAGUUUAACAUCAACCCAGAGAACUACAGACAAAGAUUUCGUUCUCUGGAGAUACAUGCUGAUGAAAGCCCAAGAGAGCUUUAUGCCAGGCUCAAAGAGCUCUACCUGAAGUGGAUCCAGCCAAUGGGUGUGGAUACGAGAACAUAAGCCAGAGUCAGCAGCAGAAGCUGCUAAGAUGGCAGAGGUGUUUGUUGCUGCCCGCCACAGGGGACAACCAUGGAGUUAUACUGCCUGGAAGGAGAAAGAUGGCAACAACCCAGCUCCUCAGUAUCGGCAACGAGCAGCCAGUAAUGUGGGUGUGCAGUCGGUAAGGGGAGGCCAACCAGCCAGAGUACCAAUUUGCUAUCUAUGUGGAGUAGAAGGACACACCAAACCCAUGUGUCCUAAAAAGACAAAGCUCACUCAAAUGUGUGUGGCUCCACGCUUUGAAGCACCUGAGGGGCCUCCGGUGGGAGUGAAGUUGACACCUGUAGAAGUAAAUGGAGAAUUAAUGACUGCUCUCAUUGAUACUGGCAGCGACCAGACUCUGGUGCAUCAGCAAUUCAUCUCACCUCAUCUGAUCACUACAAAAACAAUCCCAGUUUGUUGUGUACAUGGAGAUAAGAAAUCCUAUCCCACAGCAGAUGUCUACAUCAAAAUUGCAGAUCAAACGUAUCUAUUAAAUGUUGGAGUUGUUGAUAAACUGCCUUUUCCUGUUGUGUUGGGUUUAGACCUCCCUGUACUAUUUGAUUUGCUGGACACUGACCAUUCAUGUUAUGUUGCAGUGACAAGGGCGAGAGCUAAGCAUGUGGAACCACUUCCAACACUUAGUGCUCUACCUUUCUUUGAUGCAGACUUGGAGGCUACACCCGGGAAGUCUCGUAAGUCCCGUAAGCAAAGGAGGAAGGAGAAGUUCCAACACACUGCUGUUAAAUUCUCUGAUGACCCUGAGCCAGAAUUGCCGUUAAAUUUCAGAAUCCCAGACAACAUUGUUGAAAUGCAAUGCAGUGACCCAACCCUAAAACAUCUUUUCCAGAGGACGGAGGAGAAAAACACGGAGACUAUGCAAAAUCAUGGUGGAGAAAACUUUGUUCUGAGGAAAGGCAUUCUCUAUCGCCAGCAGGGGUCAGCAUUUAAACUAGUGGUUCCUGAGGCUGUCAGAGAAAUUGUGCUGACUUUAGGACAUUCAGUUCCCUGGGCUGGCCACUUGGGGAAGCACAGAACCAUGAACCGCAUUAGGAAACAUUUCUACUGGCCUGGCUUGAGUAAGGAUGUUGCAGUUUUUUGUAAAACUUGCCCUCAGUGCCAACUAACUUCUACCAGAGUCCCCUCCAAAGCUCCUCUACAACCAUUACCAGUGAUUAGCACCCCGUUUGAGAGGAUAGGAAUGGACAUUGUUGGACCAUUAGAAAGAAGCAAAUCGGGCAAUAGGUACAUGUUGGUGAUAACUGAUUAUGCCACCAAAUACCCGGAGGUGUUCCCUUUAAAGACCAUAAAGGCUAGAGAAGUUGCCUAUUGCCUGGUGCAAUUUUUUUCCAGAGUUGGGUUGCCUCUGGAGAUCUUAACUGACCGGGGUACCAAUUUUUUGUCCACGUUGCUGUCACAAGUAUACCAACUUUUGGGCAUCAAAAGCUUAAGAACCACUGCGUACCAUCCUCAAACAGAUGGCCUUACAGAGCGCUUCAAUCAAACCAUUAAGCAAAUGCUAAGGAAAUUUGUCAAUGAGUCUGGAACAGAUUGGGAUAAGUGGUUGCCAUACCUGUUAUUUGCGUACAGAGAAGUACCACAAGCCUCCACUGGUUUUUCUCCAUUCGAACUGUUAUACGGACACGAAGUGAGAGGCCCUCUCUCUCUGCUCAAAGACAUGUGGGAAGGGGAUCGGCCUCAUUCAGAGACUGUUAAUGUUGUUUCUUUUGUUGUUCAGAUGCGGGAACGGCUGGAAAAAAUGAGUGAGCUGGCCCAAGCUCACAUGGCAGAGGCUCAAAAACAGCAGAAGGUCUGGUAUGAUCGAUCAGCUCGUCAGCGGUCAUUCAGUCCUGGCCAGAAGGUGCUUGUUCUUCUUCCCAGCAGCGAUAGCAAGUUGCUCACAAAAUGGCAAGGCCCCUUUGAGGUUUUGCAGAGAAUUGGGCAGACCACCUAUCGUGUCUCAACACCUGGACAAUCACGCUCCACCCGCCUACUUCAUGUUAAUCUCCUGAAAGAGUGGGUGGAAAGGGCUGAAAAGGAACAACAAGUUCUGCUUAUCAGAAGGAUCCCGGAAGAGGAUGAGGUGGAUGAGCAGUAUCUUUCCUCAACUCUCUCACCAAAUCAGGAUCUGGAUCAUCUCUCUAAAGAGCAGCAACUUCAGGUGAGAGCCUUGUGCAGUACACCAGUAUUCCAGGAGAACCCUGGGCGAACUGACAUCAUUCAGCAUGACAUCAUCUUAAAAGACGGAGCUGUCGUGAAACGCAGGAGCUACAGGUUGCCUGAACGCCUUUUGACCAACCUGAAGGAGGAGGUGGAUCUGAUGCUCUCUCUGGGUGUGAUUGAGCCAUCUAAGAGUGAGUGGUGCAGCCCUGUAGUAUUGGUCCCGAAGAAAGAUGGGAGCAUUAGGUUCUGCAUAGACUUUAGGUACCUGAAUUCAGUCUCCAAGUUUGACUCUUAUCCAACUCCUCGUAUUGAUGAUCUGAUAGAGCGACUGGGAUGUGCCAAAUACCUGACCACCAUAGAUUUAUGCAAGGGCUAUUGGCAGGUCCCACUGACUCGUCACUCCAGAGAGCUGACUGCCUUCCGAACCCCAUGGGGGUUGUUUCAAUUUACUGUUCUACCCUUUGGACUUCAUGGAGCUCCAGCCACCUUUCAGCGCCUCAUGAAUCAGGUACUAUGUGGAGUUUCAGAGUUUGCUGCAGCCUAUUUGGAUGAUAUUGUUAUUUUCAGUAAUACCUGGGAUGAGCACCUUGGACAUUUGGAGAGGGUGCUGGAUUGUCUCCAGGGGGCGGGACUAACUGUCAAUCCUUCCAAAUGUGUCUUUGCUAAACCCGAAACCGACUAUCUGGGCUACAUCAUCGGCAAUGGAAUGAUAAAACCGCAAACUGACAAAGUUUCAGCUAUUCAGUCCUGUCCUUUGCCUGUCACUAAGAAGCAAUUGAGAUCUUUUUUGGGCAUGGCUGGGUUUUAUCACCGGUUCAUCCCUCAUUUUUCGGCCAGGGCAGCAUUACUCACGGACCUAACUGGAGCCAGGAGUCCUAAUAACCUCCAAUGGACCAAAGAGGCAGAAGCAGCUUUUGAGGACAUCAAGCGGGCAUUAAGUAAGAACCCUGUCCUGUACAGUCCAAACUUUCAAAAGCCAUUUAUUCUACAGACAGAUGCUUCUGAUAGAGGUUUGGGGGCAGUGCUUCUACAAGGCCCUCCAGACGACAGACAUCCGGUGGCCUUCAUCAGUCGGAAACUGUUUCCACGAGAGGUUCAGUAUUCAACCGUGGAGAAAGAAGCGCUGGGAAUAAAGUGGGCCCUAGACUCCUUCAAGUACUACCUUCUUGGACGGGAGUUUACACUGGAAACCGACCACAAGGCCCUACAGUGGCUGGCAAGGAUGAAGGACACAAAUGGGAGAAUUACCAGAUGGUACCUAGCCAUCCAACCAUACUACUUCACCAUCCACCACAUCCCAGGAAGGAACAAUUCCACUGCGGACUUCAUCUCUCGCUGUCCCAGCGAGAGUCUUGAGGGGGAGGGUGUGUGAGGGCAGAACCCACUGCCCCACAGCUAAGUUAAGUUCAUUUGUUAUAUUUUUCUUUUGAAUAAACCAUUUCAUUUUAUUUCACACAUUUCAUAACAAAAUUGACUUAAUGACUUGUGCACACAUUUAGUUAAUUUUAUAUUGUUUUGAGUAAUUCUAUUCUUUGAGUUCUGUUUGAGGCCUGAUGCUGGGGCAGAGGCUGGAGCAGGAAACUUCCUGAUGAUGUGGCAGUGGGAGGAGCUGAAGAAGUUCCUGAUGACUUGGAAAGGGAGGAGCAUGGACAACUUCCAUUUGGAGAAGAUGGAGGGGAAAGACGAAGUGUAUUCUUAUGUUGGACUAUUGUUUGUAUUUUUUGGAAUAUGUUAAGCUUGCUUUGAGGUACAAGUUCAGUUUCUGUUGAAGCGU